GGGGUUUGGGGGCCUGAGGUGAAUUGGAGCUGGAUUUGGGGGUGGGGGCAUUGGCUGUAACUGGCUGUGAGUCUGUUCACAGCGGGCUGGAGGGCUUAUUUUGGUGGGGGAGGUGUCCAUGUGGUUGCUCCCAGCCCCACUGAGAGAGGCAAGCUUUUCAGGCACCGGGAGACUGUCCUGAUCCCUUUCUGCAAGCAGAGUUGUUUUUUCUGGGACUUGCCAUCCCUUCUGGAUACUAGGCUCCUCCGAGCACCUGAGACGAAGACAGCCAUGCAUGGGAUUUAAUUUCUCCUUUCUCAAUUUUUUUGAAUCUUUUUUUCAUCUCUAGAAAAGGACAAAGGCGAAGAAGAGACCUGGAGGACGAGGAGGAAGACAGUAGCCCUGGAGUAUCCUUCUCACUCUCUUCAGAAGAGUCAGAGAUGGAGCCUGAGGAAGAGAGAAUCCGCUACAGCCAAAGAUUGCGUGGCACAAUGAGGCGGCGCUAUGAAGAUGAUGGCAUCUCAGAUGAUGAAAUAGAAGGAAAAAGGACAUUUGACUUGGAGGAGAAACUCUCCACCAACAAAUUCAAUGCCAACUUCAUCCUCUUUAUGGAAGGCAAAGACUUCAAUGUUGAAUACAUCCAGCGGGGUGGCCUGAGAGACCCACUGAUUUUCAAGAACUCUGAUGGGCUUGGAAUAAAGAUGCCAGACCCUGACUUCAGUGUGAAUGACGUGCGACUGUAUGUAGGGAGCCGGCGGAUGGUGGAUGUCAUGGAUGUGAACACGCAGAGGGACAUUGAGAUGUCCAUGGCACAGUGGGCACGCUACUAUGAAACCCCAGAGGCAGAGCGGGAGAAAUUGUAUAACGUCAUCAGCCUGGAGUUCAGCCACACCAGGCUGGAAAACCUGGUGCAGAGACCUGCAACAGUGGAUUUGAUCGACUGGGUUGACAAUAUGUGGCCAAGACACCUGAAGGAGAGUCAAACAGAGUCUACAAAUGCCAUUCUGGAGAUGCAGUAUCCCAAGGUGCAGAAGUACUGUCUGAUGAGUGUUAAGGGCUGCUACACAGAUUUCCACGUGGACUUUGGCGGCACCUCCGUAUGGUACCACAUCCACCGAGGGGGAAAGAUCUUCUGGCUGAUCCCGCCGACGCCCCAGAACCUGGAGCUCUAUGAGAAUUGGCUGCUGUCAGGGAAACAAGGGGACAUCUUUCUAGGAGACAAAGUGUCAGACUGUCAACGAAUUGAGCUGAAGCAGGGCUACACGUUUGUCAUCCCCUCAGGCUGGAUCCAUGCAGUGUACACUCCCAUGGACACUUUGGUUUUUGGAGGCAACUUCCUGCACAGUUUCAACAUCCCCAUGCAACUGCGCAUCUACAGCAUUGAAGACCGCACCCGGGUCCCAAAUAAGUUUCGCUACCCCUUCUACUACGAGAUGUGUUGGUACGUGCUGGAACGCUAUGUUUACUGCAUCACCAGCCACUCACACCUGACCAAGGACUUCCAGAAAGAAUCACUCAACAUGGGUAUGGAGUUGAGCUGCUCAGAGCCAGGGAAUGAGGAUGAAGAGGACGAUGCAGCAGGGAGGGAGCCUAGACGCCCAGUCACCAGACGCUCAAUCCUCACAAGCCCUGUGGCCAAUGGUGCCAACCUAGAUUAUGAUGAACUAAGCAGAGGCUGCAGGACCCUGCCAGGCCUCAAGAGAACCCUGUCCAUGGACUCCUCUGACUCCAGCCGAGGAUCGCACAACGGUCAGGCCUGGGACCCCAAUGGCAGCAGUCCUUGCAAGUACAGGAAGGUGCAUCUAACCCAGUUUGAACUGGAAGGACUACGCUGCCUAGUGGACAAGUUGGAGUCGCUGCCUCUGCACAAGAAAUGCGUCCCUACAGGUAUAGAGGAUGAGGACGCCCUCAUUGCUGAUGUUAAGGUAUGUAGGAGCUCUUCCGCUGAGUCCCAUAUCCCACUGCCUGCCAGUGUCCAUACACAAAGGCCAGGAGGGCCCUGGCUUGCUGGGGAUAGGCCAAGAGAGGCUCAGGGAGGGAAUUACCCCUGCAGCUUAUCAGCUUAUGCCUGCCUUAUCUUAUACCUGAAACCAUGAAGUCUUACCAUGUGAUCUAAGCUGGCCCAUAGUUAUAAAUGGUUGUAAAACUACCUUCUAUCACUGAGUCCACUCGGUCUUGGUGACAUUCUGUGAGAGAUGCCCCCAAAGUGUGCUGUAAGCUCCAAGGGGUCACUUAGUAUGUUUAGCACUAUCUUCUAAAUUGGUGCCUCCUAUUUCCAAUGGAGACUGAUGGUCUUUACUCAUAUUUCAGAGAUAAAAUAUAGUUAUUCAACCUACCAAAUAUUUAGAGGAGCUUUGGGCCCAAAGGGGAAAACAGAACUCAACUUAAUUUGGAUUUUUUUAGGGUUGUAGAGAUGCUAGCGUAACAGUUUCUACCAAGGCAUUUUUUCUGGUGCCAUCAUAGACGUGAGCUUCUGAAAAAUCAUCUUAGGGCCCAUUUGGUCCAUCUUCAGGUGCCACUACAAGAAUGUCCACGGUACAAGCCUUAAUCCUCCAGUAGUCAGCACAAUCUCUUCCUUUUCUUGUUGCCCAUUACAUAUUGAUUGGGUUGUAUUUUCGUUUAGUUGUUUGCCCAGCAUAUAUAAUAUCUGGCAGGUUUUUCUAGGUGGAUUAUAAGUGUGUUUCUCCUUUUCACCCUAUUUCCCACCAUGCUUUGCAAGAGGCAGGCCUACAAAGAUGGCUACCAUGAAAGUCAGGUCUCUAACCUUUGCAUUACUGAAGGAAGAAGGGAAUUCCAGCCAACCCUAUUCCUAAAAAGCCUUGAACCUUAAAAUCAGGAUUAACAAAAUGGGUUUCUAUCCCACCCUUCCUCACUGAUUCCUUGUUGUAUCAUCUGUCCUUUUGAAGCUGACAAACUUAGCCAUAACACUCUACAGGUAGUACUGCCAGCCUUCUAAGUGCCCCUUGCCCAUGCUUCUGUCAUCCGCUCAAGUAGACCAGAUCCCCAUCCCAUUCCUUCUGUACAAAAUGUAGAAAAACCUUCCUUCCAGUUUGGGGAGGUGAGCACUGAACGGCUGGUGUCUUUGCUGGGGCUGAGUUAAGGCUGUGGUUUAUGACAGUUACACUAGUGGAGAGGUCUGUCUGCGUAGGUGAACUGUGCUGUUGGAUGGCUUCACUUUUUUGUUCUCUUUUUCUUUUGUGGCUUUGUCGUGUAUGUUACAUGUGUCUUUGUAAGAUACACAAUGUAGUCUUGUAUAACCUAAGAAUUGUGAUAGCAAAGUGUAUCAGCACUCUUGAUCCAAGCAAAGGAUAUUGUUGAGUAUCUUUACUAUCUGGUUUGGGGAACUGCCUUAGAAGACCUCCCAGACUGACUUUCAGAAAGUGCCUGGUAUGCUCUGUAAUUCACAAGACAGGACAGCGAAUUGGUACAAUCAGUGGUUGCUCCAGAAGGGGUAUAAGAACCUGUUAGAAGUUAGCAAACCAACCGUCUAUAUUUUCAAGACAUUUUCUCCACAGCCAUGAGGGCUAGACAUUUCUUCGAAUGAAAGCUUAGGCUCUGGAGCAUAUACUUGUCAUCAAAAAUGUUAGUCACACCUCAUGGUGGAGCAAGAAACAGCUUGAAUGAGUAUUAUCAAAUCAAAAUAACUGACUAAUAAAUUUUAAAGCUAGCUUUAACCGUAGUCAGAGAGUUGUUGUUAACGGUUCUAAAUCCUGCUGGAAAGGGAUAACAAGUGGA